UAAACAUGGCAACUUACAGACAGGUCGGCAGGUUGUUUGGUAUUUCAGCAAGACUUUCGCGUCCGCCUGUUUCUGUAAAUAGGAAACAAACAAAGUGCCACAGACUGAGCCACAUAACACUAUUCCAACCAAUCAGCAACAGUCUUGCAGGCAGUGGAUAUCAGAGCGCUGGAUUACACUGGCCUUCACAUAACACAGGAGUGUCUCACAGAUGGCCACAAAGCCCUCAUUGGGUUGUCCCUGGAAGGACUAUGUUUGUGCAGACGCAGGACACACCAAACCCAAACAGCAUGAAGUUUCUGCCCGGACGCACAGUACUUGAAUCAGGAACAAUGAAUUUUGCCAACCCUCGUGACGCGCACUGCUCUCCCUUAGCCAGACAGCUGUUCAGGAUUGAUGGUGUCAAGGGUGUGUUCCUGGGCCCAGACUUCAUCACCAUAUCAAAGUCUGAUGCAAAUAUGGAAUGGAAAGUUAUCAAGCCUGAUGUGUUUGCUGCCAUUAUGGACUUUUUCACUUCUGGACUUCCUGUUGUCAAUGAAAACAGCAAACCUAGUGAGGAUACAGCACCAUCAGAUGAUGAUGAUGAAGUAGUUGCUAUGAUCAAAGAACUGCUGGAUACUCGAAUAAGGCCAACAGUACAGGAGGAUGGAGGGGAUGUUCUGUAUCGGGGGUUUGAGGAUGGCAUCGUUAAACUGAAGCUGCAGGGCUCCUGCACCAGUUGUCCCAGUUCCAUUAUUACUUUGAAGAGUGGAAUCCAAAACAUGCUGCAGUUUUACGUUCCUGAAGUUGAAUCAGUGGAGCAGGUGAAGGACGAGGAGGAGGAGGAGGCCGCUCAAGUUUGAACUACACUGAAACCACAUUUUCACAUUCCUCGCUCCCCCCGGCCACAUAAUGCAAGCCAUAGUUGCAAUAAAGUGAGGUGGUGUAUAGCAUAGCUGUGUGAGACAACUCAUCAUCAUCAUCAUCAUUCAUUCAUUCAUUCAGAUGUUAUUAUGAUUGAUUUUUGUAGGUAUAGGUAUGCAGAGCUGAAUUUUUCUGUAUUUAUUCUUUCAUGUUGUUACACCAUUUCUGAGUCAGUCUCCUGUCAAAACAGCUUUUAUGGCUAAAAUAUGUAUACUAUAUGUAUAUAAAUAAAGUUUAUUGAAAUA